AUGCGCGCUAAGGCCGAAGGAGCACGAGGGGUGGAUGAAGGGUGGACAGCGUGCGCAUGUGGUGGCUGCAGUGGCGCAGACGCAAAAGUGGGUUGGAACGAUGUGAGGGGCUCGACAAGCGGGUACGAACGGGACGCGAAGACGGGAGUCACGCACAAGGCGCUGGUCGAGCAGGGCUGUGAUGGCGAGGGCGCGGGUACGCUAAUGGGAAGGGUCGACAGGGUCGACAAGCCGAGCAGGUGCAGGCACGCGCUCGAGGUAAAGGGGUCCACGCGAAGUGCUGGCGAUAACGCGCGAGACGCGCGAGAGAUGAUUGGCGCGAGUCCUCGAGGGAUUAGGCAUAGCGCGCCGACUGAAGAGAAUCCACGAGACUUGAGGCGCAAGGCAAUAGACGCGUGCGACGCGUGGGGCGCAGGAGGAGGCCGUGACCUCGAAGGACAAGGAUUAGCCAUGACGACUAGGGUUGAAGCGCGCGAGGGUGCGCGAUCCUUCUAG